AUGAUUCAUGACAAGAAAGCCCUUGGCAUGUGCAGUGAAACAUCCCUCACCAAUGCCAAACAGUUGAUUGUGACAAUGAUGCAGGUGUAUGAGUACUUCAUCUCCCAUCACAUGGUGAAGGCAUUUGAGAGUCUGUUUGGCUCGCUCACUUGCUUGCCCAGUUGUUUCACCUUGUUCUGUCUGCACAUGCCAGACAUGCACAAUGUCUCCAACCAAAUUACCCAAGAUUAUUCCCAGAACCUGUGGAUGCUCAUGCUGAGACAGUUGCUCUGGAUGAUUGGAAGGUUCUGCUCUCACAACGUCAUCAUUGGAUCAACUCAACCAUUCAUAAUCUUGCUUUGUGGUUUCUGUUGCUUCUCCAUGCAUUUCAUUGUCAUGAUGGAUCUCCCUGUCACUGUCACAUAUAUCGUCUACUUGAUUGUGUUGGUCAUUUAUGAGCACAGUACCAUCCCCUUCAUCUUCCUUGUCAUGAUUGCCACUGUGCACAGCUUGCAAGCCUUUGUGUUCAUUCUGCAUUGCAAGUGGGACAUGGUUGGAUGGAUGGAUUUCUAUAUCUUGGCCAUCCCAAUUUUCUCAUUCAUGCUUCCAAUCUACUCAUUUUGGCAUAUGGACGAUUUCUCAUGGGGUGCCCAUAAGAUCAUUGUUCAUGUAGGUGGCUUAAUCUUGAAUGCAUUAUGUUGCUGA